AUGUCUGACGUGGUGAUGAAGGAAGAAGGCAGUGACACCUUGAGUGAUAAGUAUUUUGCAAAAAAAAAAUCGGUGGAUAUUAUAUAUUAUUUGAAGGAACUCGAGGUUGUUCUACCACGGUACCAGCCGUUUAAUGGAUAUACAUCACCCUUUGACUUCAUUAUAAAGCCGUACAAAGAGUAUGGAUCAUCAAAUUAUGCUCAAGCUUGUGAGCCUCCUCCUCCCCAAGAAGAACUACUUCCCAUUAAGGAGGCCGAAACAGAGCUUGAAAACUUGCACCUUCAGGAGAUCGAACCAUUACACCUUCAGGAUAUCGAAAACUUUCACCUUCAGGAGAUUCAAAUGACAUCACCAUCAUUUUUACCACUGGAUUCAAUGACAUCACCAUCAUUUAAUGCGAACUCUCCACCAGACUACUCCAUUUAUCAUCACUUCGGCGCUCCUUGUCAAGUCACUUAUACUCCUGGUCCUCCCGGUCGUGUCUUGUUCUUACCCUACGAGCAACUUAAGGAUGCUUUGCAUGCGGAGCCACUGCUCUGCGCUAAAAUCGGAAUUCAUUGCUACAAUCUCGAAAAUGGAACUUACUUUAAACGUUUGGGUGGGAGUGUGCCUGAAGUAGCUGAGCACACCGGAGUGUUGACAUUACAGGCAUUUGAUCUAGUAAGAAAUUGCUCACGCAAGUUUGAAACAAAAGUUUGGUAUGCCAUUGGGAAGAAAGACUGCUUCCAUGUUAUUACAUCCCGCUGCAGAACCUUGCCCCCACCUCCAGAGGAGGAGGAGGAAAAGGAAGAAAGUGGAUUUGACACACUUUCCGUGGAUGAACUAUUCAAAGGCAACAUGCCAGAUUGGUUGCCUGGUGACAAUAAGCUGCACUACUACGAGAUGAAAGAAUCAGAGGUGAAACAAGCCAAAGAAUGGCUUUAUCUUUAUGCUGAACUAGCCUGGUACACCAAGGAGCACACGGACCCGUACAAGUUUGAGUAUGGAAAGCCAUUUGAGCUGCGAAAGAUCAUUGUUCAAACCAAAGAAGUUGUCGAGUCGAUGAAAGAGGUUAUGAAGCUGUAUAAUGCAGUCUUCUACGUCAGCUUCAAAACAAGGUGCGGUGCUGUCUGCAAUGGUAUCAUCAGGAGAACAAGGGAUGGGAGGCCUGAGCAUUUAUCCCUUGAAGCCAAGUGUUUCGUCGUGUGA